GAUCAAGUGGACAGCAUUAGCAAAAACGUACUUAUACAUCCGUACCACCGGGAAGAAAGAUAGAGACAGCUUGCUUUUAUCGCCCUCUACUCCGUCCCGAUGGGUGACAACAAUUCUAUGAAUACGCCUCAGGGCCAAAACACAUCCGCAGGUCUGAAUGCGAACAACAUGUUCAUGUCGCCCUCAACUCCUCGAAGGAACAAGAAGAAGAUAGUGUACAGUGACCGAUAUAUACCGACAAGGUCCGGUGUUGACUUACAGGCUGCGUUCAGUUUGGCAAACUCCGAGUAUUCCCAACCGGCAUAUGCAUCAGCAGACAUGUCCAGCAGCGUAGACAACAACAACUCCAACGACCCAGAUUACCUGCGAGAGGAGGAGGCUAACCGGACUUUUGAUUCUGUGCUUAAAACCGAACUUUUCGGUGACAACGUGCCCAUGUCCUUUUCCCGAAGACCGAAGAGCUCCUCAUCAAUGAACUCUAGAGCAGUGACCCCUCCGCCAAACAUGAAUAAUGCCGAAGCCGGAAUUCACAGCAUCAACUACAACAAUGCUAACGGCAGCAGUCGUUCUUUAAAUGACCGAAGCAGUGCUUCCGAUUACACCAGUAUUAGUCGAGAGGAAAGUUUGCAAAGAACCCCUCAGAGGCAAACAGGAAAUCUUUUUACAUACCAGUCACCUUCGAAAACCAGACCCAACUCAUCUUCUCUGGAUGCGCAAAAUGAAUUGUAUUCACUGUCACCGGUACGAGCAGACACUCAGAGCUUGUUGCUAUCCCCACAGAAGAAAACAAGAAAUAUAUCAAAAAUGCCAUACCGUGUGCUCGAUGCUCCCGAUUUGGCUGACGACUUUUAUUUGAAUUUAGUUGAUUGGGGGUCGCAGGACGUUCUAGCUGUAGGAUUGGGAUCCUCGGUUUAUUUAUGGGACGGCGCAUCUGGAUCGGUAAAUCACUUGUGUGAUCUAGGUGCUACCGACAGUAUCUGCAGUCUCUCUUGGAUCGGAUCAGGCACACAUCUUGCUAUCGGAACAAACUCCGGUUUGGUAGAAAUUUGGGAUGCGACAACAUGCAAGUGUACUAGAACAAUGACUGGCCACUCCAUGAGGGCAUCAUCACUUGCAUGGAAUCAGCACGUCUUAACAUCUGGAUCGCGAGAUAGAACAAUUUUGCAUCGUGACGUGAGAGAACCGGCUCACUUCAUGCAAAGAUUGGAGUCUCACAAACAAGAGGUUUGUGGAUUGAAAUGGAAUAUUGAAGAAAACAAAUUAGCUUCCGGUGGUAAUGACAACAAAUUGUUUGUUUGGGAUGGUUUGAACAGUGAACCACUAUAUAAAUUCACUGAGCAUCAAGCCGCUGUGAAGGCAAUUGCCUGGUCGCCCCACCAGCGAGGAAUACUUGCAUCUGGAGGAGGUACCGCUGACAGAAGAAUUAAAACAUGGAGUACACUUACGGGAAAUAAAGUAAGCGACGUCGACACUGGAUCCCAAGUGUGUAACUUGGCGUGGUCUAAAAACUCCAAUGAAUUAGUUUCAACCCAUGGAUAUUCGAGGAAUCAAAUCGUGAUAUGGAAAUACAAUACAAUGCAGCAGAUAGCAUCUCUUACAGGCCACACUUAUAGAGUGUUGUAUCUCUCUAUGUCUCCCGACGGGCAAACCAUCGUCACAGGUGCCGGUGACGAGACCCUGCGUUUCUGGAAUGUUUUUGAGAAGACAAAAAAUGACGAAAACUCUUCGUCUGUUCUCUUGGACGCCUUCAUGCAAUUGAGAUAAUCUCUUUUUUUCAUAUUUUUACUAAGUCGAUGAAAUUGUACAUUAUAUUAAUUGAACCAAUUCUUUCAGGUUUGUACUUUUAUUAACAAAGUCUUGUAUUUGAAUUCGAAAUUUCAUUCCAAUUCAAGUAUUGUCUACAACGAUAUUGUAGUCACAAAGUUUCUAAUCAAGCA